AUGCUCGCCUUAGUCUAUUUUAAGGCCGAUAAUGUUCUCUUUAUUAUUCUGUUCGGCGUAGCGCAGCAGUCUAUUACUACCGAGCUUAGUAAUCUAGAUAUAUUAUCUCUCGGCAUCGUGUUCAUUUAUAUUACCGACAUGGAUUUUACGCAACUUACAUCGACUAUACGUAACGAUGUCUCGAGUCUUAGUCUCGGGCCGUACUACGGCUACGGAGUAACGGUUAAACAGCACCUUACCUAUAUAAUAGCGGCCGAUAAGCAGGGAAAUAAGCUACAAUUAGUAGAGGUAGUACUACGCGAUAAGGAUAAUAGAGUGCCCCUAAUAUGUUACUUCGCGGGUGCGAAUAAACUAGUACCGUAG